AUGCUUCCUGACGCCUUUGAUUCCGCCCCUACCUCGCCCGACAGUGGCUUCCUUCCCUCCAACUCUCUCUUCAAGCGCUGCAUAUCAUGCGGGCCCUCCGCCCCGACCUGUCCGUCCUGUCCGGAUGGGACGACGUGUACGAUGACCAGUCAAACCUGUGAUUCGUGUGCCACCACCAAGUGCAUUUCGACCGGCAACACCUCCGCGCCUCCCUCGAGCGGCCCCAACGUCGGUGCCAUCGCCGGAGGUGUGGUCGGAGCUGUCAUCGCACUCGCCGCCCUUCUCUUCCUGAUCUGGUGGUUCGUCAUCCGUCCACGACGCGAUGAGCGCAAGUCCCAGCAGGAAAAGAGCGGCGCAUUCGCGGCCCAGCGAUCGGAGCGCAAGUCGACUCAGUCCAUCGCCUCGACCGUCCUGACCCGUGCCUCCAACGUCAUUCAAAUCGCCUACAUUCCCGGUGUCACCAAUCGAUCGCCUCCGGAGACACCUGCCUCGCUGGUGCCUCCGGUUCCCCCGCUACCCGGCGCGACCCCUGACCAGCACUUCUUCAUGCCCGGUGAUUUGCGAGAUUCCUCCUGGACGGCCACCACCGGCCACCAGAGUAUUUCGCCCACGCUGCGAAGCAGUGUGGCCACCACCAUAUACCGCAACGAUGCCAUCGUCAGUGCCAUGCCCGCCCAGCAGAUCCAGCGUUCUCGGGCAAACAUUGUCAGCGUACACAACGGCCCUGGUGGUUCCGGUGACAGCACUCCGACACAGUCCGUUCCCGUCAUGAUUACCCCCAGGGAUGCGCCUGCGGUGCCUGCUAUCACCCCGUCACAACUCGCCAAGGCUGAAGCCAUGCAGGGUGCACCCGGCAGCUCGAUUGUGGCUCGCCAGGUGGUAGCCAAACCCGUCAUGGUUCGCGGGCCUUCGGUGAAGAAGAAGGACGGUCAGUCCAUCACGGAAACGGGUGCAAAGGACAUCAAGCCCACCACUGCCGACUCGGCAAACAGCAGCCGCCAAUUCGACCAUCACACGUCAACCUUUAACGGCAACUCAUCAGAUGAAGAUGAUGAUACGCGGCCCUCGACCCCCUCCAACUCGACGGGCGAAAAGGUCUCGGCCUCGGCCAACGAAGAGUCACCCUCCAGGGGCCCCUUCUCCGACCAGGCCAGCAGUAGCAACGCAACCUCGGGCAACACGCGACGAAGUUCCCUUCACGCCGGUCAGGCCCCGCCCCCGCGCGUACAAAGUCCGUUCUCGGACGCGAAUGAAGUUCCAUGA